AGGACGAGAAGUUCCAGCUCGGGCUGAUCACUGGGAACAGGAGCUGGAGGAGGGUGGGUCAGUUGCGGGGGGUGUUCCGAGAGAGAUGGUCUGGUUAAGAAGUGCCUGGGAGACUGUGCGAAACCGUAUAGAAUCAGCGUGCUCGCCGUCCCGCCGCUGUUUAAACCCGAACUGCUAGAAGCAAGGACAGCUGAGAGCAGAGCCACGAGCUUGGACUUGCCUUUUUGCCUGGAAUUAACAGCGACGUUUACCUACUGGACUUUUCACAGGGAGAGAGAGAGCGGGGCACUUUUUCUGUCUUGUCUUCAAGGGAAGUCCGUGUGAAGCUUAGAACAGGAGCGCCUCAAAGCUGGGAUCUUCCUAUUCUUCAGCCCGCUCCUUGCUUAGGGGUCGAGGAUGUCCCUGGUGUCCGGGGGGAGGGAGCUGGGAGAUCCCUGAUGUUUUGACUUGACCCCCUCCUCCCAGCUUUCGUUUUCUUUGAAGAGGGCAGCUUGCCUUCUCGAUGUUCUGUUAAUUUGCACUCUUGACCCGGGCUUGAUUCUGUUCUCGUAAUUCCCCCCCUCUCUCUGGUGAAUGCUGCCCCCCCAGGCUGGGAUAUGGCAGCUGCUCUUGCCAGCUCCCUGAUCCGGCAGAAGCGGCAGGCGAGAGAGAACAACACCGACCGAGUGUCAGCAACCAAGCGGAGGAGCAGCCCCAACAAAGCCAAGAAGUCCUUGUGUGAGAGACACGGCCUCGGGGUCUUCUCCAAAGUCAGGUUCUGUAGUGGCAAAAAGAGACCAGUCAGGAAGAGAGCAGACCCCCAGCUGAAAGGUAUAGUGACGAGGUUAUUCAGCCAGCAAGGCUUCUACCUGCAGAUGCAACCUGAUGGAACCAUCGAUGGCACUAAGGAUGAGAACAGUAACUACACCCUCUUUAACCUGAUUCCUGUGGGAUUGCGGGUGGUGGCGAUUCAAGGCGUGAAGUCUGGUCUCUAUGUGGCCAUGAACGGGGAAGGUCUCCUCUACAACUCAGAACUUUUCACGGCAGAGUGCAAGUUCAAAGAGUCGGUCUUUGAAAACUAUUAUGUCAUCUACUCCUCAACUCUAUACCGGCAGCAGGAGUCAGGUCGAGCCUGGUUCCUGGGACUCAACAAGGAUGGCCAGGUCAUGAAGGGGAACCGUGUAAAGAAAACCAAGCCAUCCUCCCAUUUUCUACCAAAACCAAUCGAAGUUUGCAUGUAUAGAGAGCCAUCGCUGCAUGAAAUUGGAGACAAAGCUGGACGCUCACGGAAGAGUUCAGGAACGCCAACCAUGAAUGGAGGCAAGGUAGUCAACCAGGAGGAGUCCACAUAGCAGGAACAAGGCCCCAGGAAGCUGAAUCGGAUCCAUAUGCACAACUUACAAGAAUUAAACGAAAAAGAAUUUAAUUAGAAAGAACAAAAAAUCCACGUGAGGAUUUUUUGAACAUGCAAUCCUAUAGAUGAACUGGUGAAGCCAUUGCCUGAAAGAACAAAGAAACAUUAAAUCAGGACUUGAUUUUCAUUCUGUUUCCUCUUAUGCAAAACUCUCAACUCUGUGGUAAACUCAUCUACAAAACAUUAAAUAAAGGAAAAAAAAAGAAACUUAAAUUACCCUACACUUUUGAGAUUUGAAACAAAUAUCCCUCAAAAUCCAAGGCUUUUCUUGCUUCUCAACUGUUGAAAACCUUAAAACUGAAGAGAGGAUUUUGUUUAGCAAUCACCAAGUAUCAUGUGAGGAGUGAACGCAUCACAGUUCAUUCAGACAGCAGAUACAGGACUCUAUGUUCUGAUGGUGUCAGCCACACCUUAACUGGGCCCCAACCAACUCUUGUCAGGAUCCAGAACUCGCCAUGCCAUCUUAGUGCCGUGCCAGUACUAGACAAGGAAAGGACACCUGGUCAAACAUAAGGAUGAUGUCCAACUCUUAUUGGGUAUGACGGCUGCCACGUCUUUUGGCUGGGUGGACAGUUGGCCUCUGGGAAUUAAACUGCAUUUCAUUCAACUUCCUCAACCCUCAAUCCCAUCCCCACCAUGGAAGUCCACACCCAUUUCCAAGCCCUUCUGAAAGUAGGCUAGCCUCAUCCUUUGAGGGUAGAACAUAGUAGGAACCCAAUCUGUGUACGCUGGGCCCAUUUGUGUUGAAUGAUCUUAAUCUGCAGAAUUCUGGUCACCACCUUUCAAGACUUUCCUAACAGCAUUGUGGGUGUACCUGUAUCCCACAGCCUGCGGAGGUUCAAGAACACAGCUCCCUGCUGCCUUAUCGUGGGGCAGUUAGGGAUGAGCAAUAAAUACUGGCCCUUGCCAGCAACACCCACAUCCCAUGAAAUAAUUUUUAAAAACCCCACAGUGAGAUCAUGUUGAAUUUUAUACCCUUGAACAGAUCGCAGGUCACUAGUUCGAUGGUUUGUGUUUUACGACUAUUUUGUUCUGCCAUAUUCAGGAUUGCUGAUGUUCCCAAAACAUUUGAGUUGCACUGAAUGUCUGGAUGGACUUGGAUUGCUAAGACAAGUCACAAGCCCAGCUACGCAUUUUCACUCUAUUGGCUGCACGUGUGGUAUCAUAUUUCUGCUGCUGCAAGAUUCCACAUCAACACUGCAGCUUCAACAUGCAUUUUCACCCACCAACUAGGCUUAAUGCUUUAAUUAAACUGGAGGCUUGGUUGGCACAAGGAGUGCAGGAUCAGCAGUGACAACUGGUGCACACCAACAGUCAUUACAAAUAAGGCAAAAAGAUGCAAUUAAUAUGAAUAUGUUGUCCACAGAACCAUGAUUUUGACUAGCUCCUUCAGAAGCCCAUAACUUGAUAGAUAUAUAUUUUACACCAACAAUAAUGCCUUGCAUUUAUAUAACCCCUCUUGGGUCUAAUCAGCAAGUCAAAAAAAAGAUUGGCAUUAGGUCAGGAGACUAAAAUCUUGUUGAAAAUGGAAAGGUUUAAAGAGAAAGGAGAGGCAGUGAGACAAAGAGGUUUAAUAAAGGAAUUCCAGUGGUCGAAACUUUGGUAACUUGAAUUGGAGCAGCACGCAUACAUCUGUGGUGGAGUGGUUGGAGGUUGCUUUGUUGGGCAGACAGGAAAGAAUAAAGUUACAAGAGGGGUUUUGUAAACAAGCAUCAGCCCCUAAUACAGAGUGAGCUGCUGCUUGACUGAGAAACAGUGUAGGUCAGUAAACAGAGAUACAAUAGUUGCAAUGGCAUGGUGGAAGCUAGGACAUUGCAACAGGAUUUUUUAAUGUUCUCAAAUUUACAGAGGGUACAACUUUCAGGAUGCCAGUGAAAAGUUCCUUGGAAUCAUCAAGACUAUUGGUGAUUAAGUUAUAGAUGAGGGUUGAUGAAAAAGUCAGAAGUAGUGUCAGAGUGAUGUUGUGGAGGUAGAGAUAGUUUUUAGUGAUAGAUCAGAUAUGUAGUUGGUAGUUCAUUUCAGGGUCAGUAGCAGCAUCAAGCUUGAGCACACUCUCGGUUAGCGCAAGACAGUUGCCAGGAGGAGGGAUGGAGCUGAUGACUUGAGAAUGGAAUUUGUGCUGAAGAUCAAUGAGAAUGGCUUUAUCCUCCAAGUUUUAAGUUGGAUCAUUAUGUCAACUCAUUUGUCACUAGAUGUUAGACAAGCAACAUGACUAACCAGAGGCAAUGGUGAGGCUGUAAGAGGAAGAGCUAGAUGUUAUCUGAAUGUAUGUGUAAUCUGAUGCAGUGCUUUAAUAGGAUAUUGCGCAGAUAUGUAGGAAAUGCUAUGGUCAAAUUACUCACAGCAAGAUCCAACAAGCAGCAAUGUGAUAAAUGACCCAAUAAUCUCUUUCAGUGUUGUUGCUCUGGAAUAACUUAAAAGUUACGAAAGAUGCUACAGAAAUGCAGCCUUCCUGCUUAUACAUGUCCAGGGCCCAGGGCUUCAUUGUAAUGUUGGGAACCAAGGAGAAAAUGAGUGCACUAUUUAAUUUCUCAGUAUCUCUUAACCUUUCUCCACAGCUGUAGCCAUUAAUAAAUAUGUGGUGCGAAGCUUAUGAUACCACUCUGCAAAUGUUAAUUAAAUCCUUGAACUGUGGUUUCCCUGAUGGCAUUCAGAAGAUGCGUGCACUAUUAAUGCAGCAUUGUGUACCGGAUAAUGUAAUGCAAGCUGUGCAUUUCCUGCCAUAAACUGCUGGCAUCUUCCUGCUAAUCUUGCAGUGCCGGUUUUACAGUUACAGACUAUGAGUGCCUCCUGAACAAGUACCCUAUAUGUUGUGUGAUCAACUGCCAUUACAGGGCAGCUAACCGCACCAUCUGUAAAAUUGAAAUGCUGGGAGAUGGGCUGAAAUGAAACUCAGGACUUCUGAUUGUUCAUGUUUAGACUAGCAGAUACCCAAGAAUGAGUUACAGGUUGGAAUCUAAUCAAGGGGUGCGGAUGGUUUAUAUGAUAAUAUAAUAUGAGUGAGUCGACAGCUAAUUUGAGGGGUUUGAGCGGUUUUAUGUUAUGUAACUGGUAGCCAGAAUGAGCUACAGUUUUGAACAUAAUUGAGAGCUUUAGGUAACUUAUAAAUAGAAUAAUAGGUGUCUGGCUGUGAAUUGCAAGCAGGAAUUGAGUUGAAUAGUUCAGAAAGUUUAUAGAAUAGGACAUAUUCUGGAAUAAGUUAAUUGCUGGAAACUAAUUUAAGGUUUCAGACAGUUUUAUAUAUAAUAGAGAUAUCCAGGAGUCAUUUGCUCACUGGAAACUAAUUGUGGGGUUGAGUUAUUUUUUUGUAUAGAACAAUGGAGAUUGUGAACUGCAGUUAACAGGCUAUUUCAAAGACAAGCUAUCAGAUCCCUGAAUUAGAUAAAAGCUGCAAACACUUGCCAUGUCUCUUUCACUUUGAUGCUUAAAUAGUUGGUUUGGGGAGCAGAAUGUUUGAAUAACUGAAUGGUUUUGCAUGGCAGUUGAAAUAUUUCCAGUAUCUUAUUCUUUAUUAACUACAAAAAAACACAAUAAAUGUUCUUUUAAUAAA